CUGCUCUCAAAGUGGUCCUUGACUCUUCACAUUAUAAAGAUGGAUUAUGGAAACCCACGGCUUUCGAAGCCAGAGAGAACAUUGGGGGGAUCUGGUUACCAGCUGAACCGGAUCAUAACCCCCCCGUCACGCCCUUGUAUGAUUCUAUGACAACAAACCUACCUCAUUCCAUAAUGGCGUACAAAAGCUUUCCAUUCCCACCUUCCACUCCAGUCUUUCCAACAGCCGCAACAGUACACGCAUACCUAGAGUCUUAUGCGGAUACUUUCAACCUACGGCCAUAUAUUCAGCUCAACACUACUGUGCAACACGUAAGAUGGUGUUUGUCCGAGUCACGUUGGAUUGUUGAGGUAUCUACCGGUGAGGUGAUAUCGUUCGAUUUUCUGAUAGUUGGCAAUGGGCAUUUUCGGGUGCCUCGAUAUCCGGACACUCCUGGUCUUGCUUCAUGGCUCAUGGAAGGCAGGGCUAUCCAUUCUGCCUGGUAUCGUCGUCCAGACUUCAUAACGGAUACUUUGCUCGUCGUAGGCGCUGGCCCAAGUGGUCAAGAUAUAACCGCCGAUAUGAGCAGUUAUGCUCGCGUUGUCAUUCACUCGGCAAGUGGAACUACGUCAGGAGAAAGCGGGAACGUCAAAAUGCGAGGUCGUAUCACAGAAUUCAGGAGCAAUGGCGAAGUUGUUUUUGAGGAUGGCUCCAGAGAGCAAAAUGUCGACCACUGUAUACUUGCCACGGGCUAUCAAUAUUCUUAUUCCUUCUUCGACUCCUCCGUCGUGACAUUGGAAAUGCCACCACAUCACCUGCCGAUUCCACAGGGCCUUUACAAUUCCUCUUAUCAUAUUUUCCCUCUUGCCAUGCACCUUUUCCCUCUGCGUGCAAAGUUCCCUCCUUGGAGCAUCGCGUUUAUGGGCCUUACUCUCCGUGGUAUUCCUCUGUCACUGUUCGAGUCGCAGGCUCAAGCUGUUGUCAAAACGUUCGCUGAGCCUCACACACUGAAUAUCCAAGCAGAAGAAGCCAAACUGGUAGCACGAUAUGCUUACCUACACAAGCAGUUGGGUGACCAACCGACCCUAAUAGCAAAAGCUUGGCACUUCAUCACCGAAGCCGAGUCAUUUGAGUACCGUGAUCAGCUGCAUCAAUACUCUGGGACGUUGGAUCCGCAAAAGGUACCAGAAUGGGAAAAGGAAAUGUGGCAGAAUAAAGGUGUGCUCAGGUCAGAAUGGAAAAAACUAGAAAGAGCGGGGGAAGCUAGAAUGUGGGUGGAUGGCAUUGGGAACAACGGAGGGGAUCAGUGGAUAGAGCUACUCCGGAGAUUGAUUCGCCAAGCAUGUUCUAAGAAUGAUCCAGGAACAUCUCGGUUCCGUGACUCUGUGGUCUAACCAGACCAGACCUGGAGUCUGGUGUAUGGAUUCAUAGUGCGGUAUUGAAUCCACUUGC